CUAUUCAGACGAAAUGCGGAAGAUGGCCGCGAUUUAGUGAAGUUGACGGAUGAGUUGAUGACAUUGUUUGCCGCUAAAAAAAACAUUUGGCUCUUCAUUCCAAAGCUCAUCGCCUCCGACCAACGUGAGCCAAUGAAAACAAACCUUAAAAGCUAGCCCCUUGACCAGAAGAGUGAAGUAAAGAUACAAAGAGUGUUUUCAUUUCGAACCACGUAGGCACCAAGAAGAGUCGCAAGUUUACGUCCAGCAUCCGGGGGUUAUUGGUUAGUUACCGUACUUGACUGAGGUCAGCAUGAGUCUCGAAGAAUCGCCAAUCACUUGCAAUUUGUUUCGAGCAAAAUCGUCGCAAAUUUGUGUCGGAUGCGGAGAAGCGUUUAACUUUGAAAUGGAAUACCAGAACAAAGAAUGGUCCACCCACAAGACGUCCUGCAAACCAUACCAGAUUGUUUCCAACGAGAAAUUCGGACGCUGUUUAGUUGCUACGAGAAACCUAAAACCUGGAGAAAUUAUUUUUGGAGAGAACGCUACCAUCGUAGGGCCGAAACAGGGAUGCCGGCCAUGUUGUCUUAAGUGCUUUACGAGUCUAGAUAGUGUGGCCAGUCUCUUCAGAUGCCCUGGAUGCAAUUUCCCAUUUUGCCAAGAGCAAUGCGCCAAGAGUCCUGAACACGAAGCGGAAUGCGUCGUUUUGAGCCGGGCAAGAUCGUGCAUUAGCAUCAACGAUAUGAGCAAAUCCCACCCAGUCUACCAAUGCAUCACUCCGCUCAGAGGUAUUUUGUUAAAAAAUACACAGCCGAAACUGUUUGAGGCAUUCAGUGGAUUGGUGCAUCACAAUGAUCUACGUCGACAGACGCAAAUGUGGAGAAUUUAUCAGGUGAAUAUCGUUCAAUUUCUUCGCAACGUUUGUGGAUUGGCCAAUCAAUUUAGCGAAGAAGAAAUUCACGCGGCUUGCGGUGUGCUGGACGUCAACGCCUUUGAAAUUCGCCUGCCCGGUAGCAAACGUCAGCAAAUAUUGGGCCUUUUCCCCAUAGCAUCCAUGAUGUCUCAUAGAUGCGUAUCGAACACGCAUCACGUCAUCGACUCCAAUACUUACGAAAUGACCGUUCGUGCCUCAGUUCCCAUCAAGAAAGGCGAACAACUAUUCACAACUUACACCCUUCCGCUAGAUGGGACGAAUGAUCGGCGAUCCGUUUUACGUCAGAGCAAAAUGUUCGAAUGUGAUUGUCCCCGUUGCUCAGAUCCGACGGAAUGUUUGACGUUUUUAUCAGCUCUACGUUGCCCCAGAUGUCCGAUUGGCAUCAUGCUUCCAAUCCGGCCACUGGAAGAGAACGAAACCGAAUGGCAAUGUUCUCCCUGCUCUUAUCAAUUAGACGCAGCUGUUGUGACCCAAUUGAUUGACCAACUGAAAGAAGAAUUUGAGAACAUUGGGCCUAAGGACGUUGACAAGUUGGAAGAAUUUCUUAGCCGAAACGCCUCGUCGCUCCAUCCCAAUCAUUUUUUGUUCACGAGUGUCAGGCAAUCUCUGAGCCAACUGUACGGCCGAGACGAACGUUACUUACUCAACACCUUGACGAUGGAACAGCUGGAACGUAAAGUUUCCAUUUGUCAACAGUUAUUAUCCGUCGCCGAUGUAGUCGAACCUGGGCUCACUCGACUCAGAGGAGUUACCCUUUACGAGUUGUAUGCGCCGAUGUUGUUGCUGGCCAAGCGGACGUAUGAAGCUGGGCAUUGCACGUUGGCGGAAUUUAAAGAAAGGAUCGUUGCUGUUGAGGCCAUCUUGUCGGAAGCGACAAAAAUACUUUUGCUCGAAGAUCCAGCCUCAACCGAAGGAGCUGCUUGUGCUGUACAGGCCCUAAAUCAAAUCCAACGCUGGAUCGCUUCCCUCUAAUUGCUCUCCAUACCGUUUAUUUGCGUCAUUGAAAAAAGAGAAAAAAAAAAAUUAUAACACGUAUACAAUGGGGGGAAUUGAUUUCUUAUCGGGGAGAGGCAAAGACGGACAAGAAUUUGCACACAUACAGACGCACAAAAGGAAAAAGAAAAUGUUUUGCUUGUUUUACAAUCUAAUCUUUUCGUCAUCUCCAACUGCACCCUCCGACGCUUUUCCUCUCGUUUUCUAUUUGUGUUUUCUCUAUCGCGAAAGCGCUUUCGUUAAUAAAAAAAAAAGGAAAACAAUAAACGACACUCUUCACGAGGCAAAUUAA